AUGCAUGUAAAAGAGACGGGCAGCAUCGACAUGUCGGCCACGGUUCCCAUAAGUAAUUAUUAUGUAGAUUCCUUGAUAAACCACGAAAGCGAGGAUGUUCUUGCGGCUCGAUUCUCGGCUUCUGGUUCGCACCCUACCUGCCCUCGUCCGACGUCCCUCGUACCGGAGUGUGGUGACUAUCCCUCCUGCAGCUUUGCUGCUAAACCAUCCGUUUUUACUACAUCUUGGACCCCUGUUCACUCCCAGUCCUCAGUGGUUUACCAUCCAUACAGCCAUCAACCUCAUCUAGGAACGGACUCAAGGUAUGUGCGGUCAUGGCUGGAGCCGAUCUCGGGGGCCAUGUCCUUCCCAGGCUACCCGGCCAACGCCAGGCACUAUGGGCUGAAGUCCCGACGCCUUCCAUGAGCAUCGAGCCAGUGACUGCCUCCCCUCCAACGAACGAACCUACACGGAUUAUAUAUACUGCACCACCGCUGACAUCCGAGAAAAGACACAACCAAACAUCCCUUCUCCCGAGACCGAGCUUUUGGCUUCCGGGAAGCAUAAAGACGAGAAGCCAGAAUUAGACCCGAGUAAGUUCAAGCCCCUUGUUUAAAACCGGGAAUGGGAGUAGUUUGGAUGAGAUUCUGUCUGUGUUAAUUGCAUUUGGUUCAAAGCUGGGCUAUAGUGUCUCUCUGCCACAAUCUGUUCUUUCAUCCCCCUUUCUUUCCUCGACUGAAUCUACUCUGCUAGGGGGCUACCUUGAGGACCUAUAAAGAGACAAACGCUAGUUGGAUUGGGCUAUAAAACGACGAGCGGGUUAUAAAAUAGGACUUCUCAAAAAACCUAUGGACGUUGUAAAUUUGAGGGACUCUCUGCAACAUACCCGCAUCUCAGCAAAUCUGUUUUGGUGUUUUAAAUGCCAAAUACUUUUUACGCAAGAAUUGGGACUCUGUCAAUUUGAACAAUCAUUAUGAUCAAUUUUUGUAUGGCCACCAUGGUUUAUGCUACUAUUUUACGACGCUAGUAGACUAUGCUACUAUAUCCCCCAUAGUCUACUAGUAAAUACUCUCCAAUUAUAUUUUGAAGAGAUAUUAUGUUGCUAUGUCAAGUAUUUCCAGUAAAACUGGAUCCUCCCAGGAAAAACACCAAAGAGAAACCAUGAUAAGGAACUACACUAGCAUGGCAACACAUGAACUAGCGGUGUAGCGUAAGUGUAUGUUGUCUGUUGUCAUCCUACAUAAUAUUUUUCCAUUCCAAACCAAAUGUAGAUAUAACUCCAAACACGUUGAGGAAUGUUUGCAACAUAUUCUAGGGACUUUCGCUGACAUGUAAAGGCUUGAUCCGGCAGCCGUUUUUAUGGGCCUAUAAAGCGAAUAGGCAUUGAGUAUUUUACGAUGGCAUUUCUCAGAAGUCCAAGAAAGGGAAAAGCUGGAAGAGCAUCACUAAAUGUUGUAAAGUUAAAAGAUUAUUUGACGUUUGUUUCCUAUUGCAUUAUAUUUACUCAUACAUUUGAGGAACCACCACAGUACCUCUGAGAUCUAGCCUAGCUUUUGGAGACCCAAAAGGACAAGGCUAUAGGGCAUUAUCAUGUGUCAUUGCUUCAAGUUUGAUAUUAUUGCUGACUGAUCAAAUGUUAUCUGUUUUGAUGUGUUGAUUUGCAGAUAACCCAGUGGCAAACUGGAUUCACGCGCGUUCAACAAGGAAGAAGCGGUGCCCUUAUUCAAAGUACCAGACUCUCGAACUCGAAAAGGAGUUUUUGUUCAAUAUGUACCUAACCAGAGACCGUCGAUACGAGGUGGCAAGCGUCCUCAACCUCACGGAGAGGCAGGUCAAAAUCUGGUUCCAGAACCGGCGGAUGAAGAUGAAGAAAAUGAACAAGGAAAAAACCGACAGCAACAAAGAACAAUAA